GAAAACACCCUCUCAGACAGCUAUAAAAGAAAGCAGCUCCAACUCUCUGCAGGAAUCCUGUACAAAGAAGCUUCAGCAGCUCUUCAUCAAAGGUUGAGACUUAAAGCUCCAACAUGAUCUUGCUCCUCUUCCUGUUCAGUCUGGCUCUGGGUGCUCCUUCUGAGUCUCCUUCUGAUGGCAGUAAAGUCAAGCUACAACUUGAUGACCACAGAGUUAAACUACUACAUGGGAACUGUUCCAUGUUCUGGUACAGCUUCAAUGGCCGCUGCUACAAAUAUGUGGCCACACACAUGAGCUGGGCUGAUGCAGAGCUCUACUGUGUGUCACAGCGAGCCAACCUGGUGUCCAUCUACAACGAGGAGGAAGAGGAGUUUGUUAAAUCAUUAAUUAAGAACUUUGAUCAUGCUGAGCGAUACACCUGGAUUGGACUGAGUGACAUCCAUAAAGAAGGCAGAUGGAUGUGGUCUGAUGGUUGUGCAGUGAAUUUCACCCACUGGAAUGUUGGUGAGCCAAACAAUGGUGGAACAAAUGAACACUGUGUUCACAGUAUCGGUUACUUAAAGAAGUGGAAUGAUCAGAAAUGUUCUCUCAAUUUACCUUCUGUUUGUGCAACACGGAUAAACUGCCCUUAGAAACUGAACUGUACAUGUAAACCUGGAGUGUUUAUGUUAUCUGCCUUUAUGUGUUUGUGCAAAAGUCACAAAAUUUCACCAGCCUUGAUUUUCAUGAAUCUGGAAUCAACAAUUGGCAUCUGGCAAGGGGAUAUUUACUCAUCGCAAAGACUUGUUGACACAUUAAUAAAUGAUUAAAACGGCUCUGAAUUAAAAGGAAUGAAAAGUUAUAAUAAAAAUUCAUGAAAAUUCA